CUGAGCUCUCUCUCUCUCUCUCUCAAUUCAGUUCUCUCUCCCUUUGAACUUUCUUUUGAUUAAGUUGAUUGUAAAGAUUAAUCCUUGUUAAUAGAGGCUGGUUUCUUUGUUUUUGGUUACGAGACCGGUCACCCGAAUCUUUUAUAUAUCAACAUCAGAAGAAGUUCACCAAACAGAUACAUACAUGGCUCCUGUUUCAUUGCCUCCUGGCUUUCGUUUCCAUCCAACAGACGAGGAACUCGUCGCCUAUUAUCUCAAGAGAAAAAUCAAUGGUCGUAGGAUUGAAUUAGAGAUCAUCCCUGAAGUUGAUCUCUACAAGUGUGAACCUUGGGACUUACCAGGGAAGUCAUUAUUACCCAGCAAAGACCUGGAGUGGUAUUUCUUCAGUCCUCGUGAUCGCAAGUACCCCAAUGGAUCAAGAACAAAUCGUGCAACCAAAGCUGGAUAUUGGAAGGCCACAGGGAAAGAUAGAAAAGUGAACUCUCAGACUCGUUCUGUGGGCAUGAAGAAAACCCUAGUUUACUAUCGAGGGAGAGCCCCACAUGGCAUUCGGACUCACUGGGUCAUGCAUGAAUAUCGCCUUGAUGAGCGAGAAUGUGAAACUGAUUCAGGUUUGCAGGAUGCAUAUGCUCUUUGUCGUGUGUUCAAGAAGAGUGCAAUUGCUCCGAAGGUUGGGGAGCAUUAUGCUCCUACAACUAGUAAUCAAAUGAUGAACGAACAUUCUUCCGGGGACAUUGGUUUGUAUUCAGAGAGACGAUGCGAUGGUUUUGAUAGCUCAGGAUAUCCAAUGGCAUAUGGAACAUGUUUACCCAGCAAUGCCAAUGGAUCAUCAAUUGAUCUCAGUGGGACACAAGACGGAAAAUGGACACAGUUCUUAUCAGAUGAGGUGCUUGGCUAUACAAGUCCAUUGUCAAAUUAUGGAACCACUUCAUACCAUCCUUCCAAGAUUGAUAUAGCGAUAGAGUGUGCAAAGCUGCAACAUCGGCUCUCGUUGCCUCCAUUGGAGGUGGAAGAUUUCUCUCAAGUCGGCUUCACGGACUUCAAAAUGCCGCACUCGCACUCAACUUCCUCACUGGGAGGCACAAAUGAGGGAAAUAUACUGCAGGAAAUUCUUUCAGUUUCUCAUACAUCACAACAACUCAUCAAUCAGUCCAACCUUCAAGAUACAUGGGGUGGAAAUUACGCCCAUGCUGAUGGUUUUAGUUUUAUAACUGGGGAAGAUAAUCAUUAUAAUCCAAGUAAUGAUAUGAGUUGUGUCAGAUAUAAUGACAAGUCAUGGGAAGAUCUGAAUACUAGGUCAAUAGAAAUCGGAGACUUGGAUGAAGAAAUCAAGCCAGAGAGGAUGGUGGAGAAUUUGAGAUGGGUAGGAAUGUCCAAGGAUUUGGAGAAGAGUUUUAUGGAAGAGCAGAAGGUUGUUCCCAUAGAAAAUAUUUCAAGUUUCCAAAGAACAGAAGUUCAUGAAGCUCAAGGUGAAACUUCGCAUAAUAGCUGUUUGGGAUUCAAUGACUCAGAAAUAAAUGAUUUUUCACUUGGGUUCAUCGUCGAUGAACCCAAUGGGAACAAUCUAGAUCAUGAAGACAUUGCAGAUGGAUUUGCAAGUUCACCAAGCUUUGAGGUGGUCGAGGAAAUUAAGGUGAAUCAUGGAAUGUUUGUUUCGACCCGCCAAGUAGCAGACACAUUCUUUCACCAAAUAGUGCCUUCGCAGACAGUUCAAGUCCACCUUAACCCAGUGAUCACAAACAACUCAUCAAUAGAGAAGGUUGAGAAACAAUUCAUUAGGCAUGAGAAACCAGGCUCUUUCUUCAGAAAGUUCACCAAAUUCAUGAAGCUAUGGAAGGAACUAGCAAUUGCAGUUGUCUGUGUGGUGGCAUUUGAUCUCUUAAUGCUUCUUUUUCAUGUUGGGGAAAGUGAGAAAUUGAUGGAUGGCUUCACUGUAAGUGGUAGUGUGAAAGAUGAAGGCUGCUCUAACGAUUUGAAGGUGAUGAAGAAAAAGCCAGCGGGAGAUAAAAAUUUCUUUGUUAAUGUAAGGAGCGGUGGGCAUCAUUCUAUUGUAUUUUUGAAGAAAUUAGGGCUUUUCCUCACCAUUACCUUGGCUUUAUGUACCAUGUGGGCAACAGCUUAGUUACCUGAUCUUGAGUACUGUUGACAUCCUUGUUUGUUUUACUCCUAACUGUAGUUGAUAAUUUUGGGAAGGGAUAAGAUGAACCUUCUCCAAAAUUGGAGGCUGAUCAUCUUAAUUAAUACUUGUGUUGUAUACUGAUACCUUAAUUGAAUUAUUGUAUUUUAAUGGAUAUUUUAAUAAAAAUUCAUAUUUUAAA